CCGUCGCGUAGUUCAAGGAGCUUUCCUCUGAUCAUCCUUAAGUAUCUCUCUCCCCUUCGUCUUCUUCUACCUCUUCCCUUCCCAUUUUCUCACGGAACAUGAACACUUCAGCUUUCUUUGCCUCUCCUCCUCUCAUUUCUUCUUCAAGAACAUCUUUAAAUGCUUUCUCCACCCCUAAAUUUUCUCCUAAAAGGAUAAGAUGCAUGCAAGAUUCUAACGUCAAUCUUUCCAAAUCGAAACCAAACCAUGUUUCUUUCGCUACCGCUUCCGUUGAAGCCCCUUUGGAGACAACAACAAGAACAACAACAACCUCGGCAGAAGACAAGCUUUGUCUCCUCGUAUCAGAGUUCAGGUCCUUGACCGAACCUAUCGACCGAGUAAAACGUCUCUUGAACUACGCGAUGGAACUAGCUCCACUUGACGACUCGGCUCGUGUUCCGGAGAACAGAGUUCCCGGAUGCACGACGCAGGUAUGGUUAGAUGUCAAGAUGGAUGAGUUAGGUAGGAUGAGGUUUAGAGCGGACAGCGACUCAGAGAUCUCUAAAGGGUUCUGUUCUUGUCUUAUCUGGAUCCUCGACGGUGCUAGGCCAGAGGAAGUGUUGGGCGUGAGAGGCGAGGAUUUGGUGGAGAUGAACGUUGGUGUACACGGGAAGGCGCAAUCGAGGGUUAACACGUGGCAGAACGUGUUGAUGAGUAUGCAGAAACGGACCAUGGCUCUUGUUGUUGAUGCUGACGUGGCGCACGGAGGAGGAGACAGAACAGCAUCACCACAGCACCAGCGUGAUAUUUUGUUUGAUUAUGUUAAUGGAGGGAGGAGUUACAUGGAAUCUUCUAAGGCUCGUGAUGAUUACUCCAUUUCGCCACUUCCUUUGUAUUAUGAUUUCACAAUAUGAAAAUGUUGUUUUUGGUGGUUUCUGUAGAAUGUUGUAAAGGCUUCCGAAACAUAAAUAAAAAGUUUGUGUUUCUGUAUUUUGCAAAUUUGAAGUUUAAUUAUAUAUAUGCAUAUACAUAUAUACCAAAGCAUUAGGAAAUGUUAACUUCUUGAUAAGUUUUAUUUUUGGUACCUGAUCUGUUUUUAUGGUACCUGAGUGAUAAUCUUGAUUUCUUCUUUCUCAAGUGUGUUGGGGUUGAUCCCUCUGAAUUUGUGAUAUGCCGUGAUUCCAAGUCUCC